CGCAGGCGCGGGGCCGCCCGAGAAGCCCCGCGGCUUAGAUCUCGGCGCCCGGGUCCCGCGGAGAAGAGGGCGGGACCCGGAGUCCGGCGGAGGGCAUUGAGCGCAGGGCUCUGGUGAGGCCGGUGACGUCCGCAGAGGCGGGGUCCGUCGCAGCGCAGAGAUGUCUUUCCUCCAGGACCCAAGUGUCUUCACCAUGGGAAUGUGGUCCAUUGGUGCAGGAGCCCUGGGGGCUGCUGCCUUGGCAUUGUUCCUGGCCAACACAGACAUGUUUCUGUCCAAGCCCAAGAGAGCAGCACUGGAGUAUCUGGAAGAUAUUGACCUGAAAACACUGGAGGAGGAACCAAGGACUUUCAAAGCAAAGGAGCUCUGGGAAAAGAAUGGAGCUGUGAUUAUGGCUGUGCGGAGGCCAGGCUGUUUUCUCUGUAGAGAGGAAGCUAUGGACCUGUCCUCCCUGAAACCCAAGUUGGAUGACCUGGGUGUUCCCCUCUAUGCAGUGGUAAAGGAAAAGGUUGGGACUGAAGUGAAGGACUUUCAGCCUUAUUUCAAGGGAGACAUCUUCCUGGAUGAAAAGAAAAAGUUCUACGGUCCACAAAGGCGCAAGAUGAUGUUUAUGGGAUUUGUCCGUCUGGGUGUGUGGUACAACUUCUUCCGGGCCUGGAAUGGAGGCUUCUCGGGAAACCUAGAAGGCGAAGGCUUCAUCCUCGGGGGAGUUUUUGUGGUGGGACCAGGAAAGCAGGGCAUUCUUCUUGAGCACCGAGAAAAAGAAUUUGGAGACAAAGUAAACCCACUUUCUGUUCUGGAAGCUGCUCGGAAAAUCAAAUCACAGACUCCGGCUUCAGAGAAAAAAUGACCACAUGAAACUGCCCGGCUUAUUAUUGUUUCCAUUGAUGCCCCUGAGAAGUUAGGAAACUCACUUAUUCUACCAUAUUCUUACUAUAGAUUAUUAGCAUAUUUUAAUAUUGUUUUUUGUUUAGGCCUAUUGAAGCAAAAUAGGCCCAAAAUAUGACUGAUAAAAAAUUCCAAGAAACUUGUGAAGAUUAUUUUAGGUAAGACCUGGAAAAGAUGAGGCUUAAAGUUGGCUGGUGCACCUCAUUACAAACAUGUGUGGUGUUUGAGUGCCAUUAUUUGAAAUAAUUUCAUGUCUUGGAAAGUCUAAGAAAAGUUGGAUCUGUGGAUGUAGCUCAGUGGUAGAAUGCUUGUCUAGCAUGUAGGAGGCCCUGGGUUCAAUCCCCACUGCUGAAAAAAAAAAAAAAAAAAAAAAGAAAGGAAAAAGAUCUAGGACAAGUGGAUGAUUGACUUAAAGAUUAGAGAAUGUAAGACUUUUGGUAUAUGUGUUUUCUAUUAAUGGUUUAUUAUAUAAAGUCAAAGUACUACUCAGAGAAAUGAUGUGUUAUGGGAUAGGUUGAUGAAGGUAAAUUUUAAAGUGAAAUCUCUUGUUUAAUUGUUCUCCAUUCUAACCUCAGAGAUUUGUUUUUCUAGGAGUGAUCACCUAAUAAUUAUGCAUCAAGAAUCACCUGCACAAAAUUUUCUGACAAAACCAAUAAUAAAAAUAUUUACCAUAAUGUUGGCUGAAAGUGAAAAAUUGUAGGAGUAUAGAGAGUAAGGGGGGCAGGCUCUAGUUCUAAUAAUCUAAGAGGUUUGAAAAUCAUGUGAAGUAUUCAUCCCAUCAUUCAUACUAUCAUUUGUGGAGGAAUGACUUUGAUGUUUAAAAUUGGUAACCACUUUGAUAUUGGUCUUUUAGUCUAGUUUGGUAAGUAAGGAGGAAAAGGAACGUAAGAUGAAAUAUGACUUAAUACAUUGCUUACGUUUGAAUUUUUUUCUUGUGAGUAAGUACAAGGUCUGCAGAGCCCCAAGGGGAGCACUGAUCCCAGGAGUCUCUACCAAGGCACAAAUGGGCCCAGGAGUAUAAGUAUUGGAAUGGGAAUCAGUAAAAGAGAAUUUACUCAGGGAACCAGCCCAACCUGGAGGAAGGGAGUGAAGUCUGUCAUCUAGGAAAGCAAGAAUAGAGACUGAGGCUGAGAGGCAAGCUGGGGAAGUAGAAGAGUGAAGACUGAGGACACAGCAGGGCAUGUGACUCAGGACCAAGAUGAGGUUUUGGGUCUGACUUUAGGUGGAUGGCAGUGCAGAGUGUGCACUGAUCUAUGUUGGGCUGGGUUUCUGCAGUCUUCGAGGCAGCACCCUUAAGUGUCUACACAGGGUCGAUGCAGUGACUUCUUUCCUAGGAGCUUGAUCCAUGGGACUCCAGCUCAGAAUGGAGUUCUUUGAUGCCCAGAGGAGACUUAACUCUGAAACAGUUCCCUUGCACCUGAAGAAGAGCAAAGCCCAAGAGCAUGCACCAAUGGAUGCAAAAGUAGAAAACUUAUUGUGAUCUCUUUCACCAGCUGUUUUCUCCUGGGUCCUCACAUGCCUUGUAGUCUCUCACCUGUUAGUGUGGCAUCCUGGAAAGAGCACUAGAUUGAGUCAAGGUGGGUUCAAUUUCUAGUUUACUGUGACCUUAAAAUCAAAGCACUGGCCCAGGCACCCUCAUUGGUAUAAAGUGGGCAUAAAAAUUCCUGCCUGCUCUUCAGAGCUAUUUAUUAGAAAUCAUCGAAGGAGCCAGGCAUGGUGGCACACACCUGUAAUCCCAGCCACUCAGGAGACUGAGGCAGGAGGAUUGCAAGUUCAAAGCCAGCCUCAACAAUUUAGUGAGGCCCUAGGCAAUUUGGGGAGACCCUAUCUCAAAAAAUAAAAAAGGUUGGCGAUGUGUCUUAGUGGUUAUGAACCCCUGUGUUCAGUCCCUAGUACCAAAAAAAUCAUUAAAGGAAUGAUAAAUAUUAUAAGAUAGUGCUUCUUCAACCUUAAUGUACAUGACUACAGAUCUCAUUGAAAUGGAGACUGUUGAAAAAGGUGGACACUGAAGCAGUAAAGACUGAUUUUAUUCUCUA